AUGUCGCGCGCAAAUCAGUGGUUUGUGCCUGGCGAUGGAAUCGCGAGAGAAGUCAUCACGGCCGACAUCCAGCGCUACUUGGGCCCAGAUGCGCUCGUCAGGCCUGGCACAGGCACCGGAGAGUACCAGGGCCAGCCAGGCUACUGGAUAACCGCUUAUCGAACUCUCACAUCGCAAAUGAUACAGGAUUUGAAAAUGGAUUCACAACGUUGGCAACAGGAACGCCAGCCAGGCGAAAUUGGACGUGGAGUGGCUUAUCAGGACUCUCGUACACAUGCUGCUCGUCAGCAUUGGGGUCCGACGAAACCAUACGAACACGGCUCGUCUCAUGCGGCGGCGGAUCCCUAUGAUCAGCCUCCUCGCCAGUCGUCAACGUCGUCUAGAGCGACGACGUAUGCGUCUUCAGGCUAUGGUAGCAGUGAUCCCCAUUACACGACGACUCCCACAUCCGUGUAUGGAAGCUCGCAUCCAGGAUACCAGACUUCACCUGCUUCUGCUGCACCCAGGACUCAGCCAGCGGAUCCAUACUCAUCUUACCAGCAGCCCAGUGGAAGGGAUUACCCUGCGCAGUCUGCUUAUUCCUCUUACCCAGCGCAGACUCCAGAUCCAUAUGGACGCCAGCCGGCUACCCAGACGACUCCAUACUCUAAUCCAAGGUAUUUUGGUUACUAUGACGAACCCUAUUUGGUCUAUCGCUAA